AUGGUUCUUCAAGAUCUCGGCCGCCGUAUCAACUCGGCGGUCACCAACCUGACCCGCGAGCAGAACCUCGAUGAAAAGGCGUUCGAUGCCAUGAUCAAAGAGAUUUGCUCUGCUCUCCUCGAAGCCGAUGUCAACGUCCGACUCGUCGGACAAUUACGAAAGUCGAUCAAAAGCACAGUCAAUUUCAAGGACAUCCCUCCCGCCGUCAACAAGAAGCGAUUGAUCCAAAAAGCCGUUUUCGAUGAAUUGGUGAAGCUCGUCGACCCUCACGCUGAGCCAUUCAAGCCCAAGAAGGGCAAGCCGAAUGUCAUCAUGUUUGUUGGUCUCCAGGGUGCCGGUAAAACGACCACUUGUACGAAGCUCGCGCGACACUACCAGACACGAGGUUUCCGAGCAUGCCUUGUUUGCGCCGAUACUUUCCGAGCCGGUGCCUUUGAUCAGCUGAAGCAAAAUGCCACCAAGGCCAAGAUCCCUUACUACGGUUCGCUAACGGAGACGGAUCCCGCCGCCGUCGCACGUGCCGGUGUUGACCAGUUCAAGAAGGAGAAGUUUGACAUCAUCAUCGUCGAUACCUCGGGAAGACACAGACAAGAGUCGGCGCUGUUCCAGGAAAUGGUAGACAUUCAGGAGGCCAUUAAGCCUGACGAGACCAUUAUGGUCCUGGAUGCCUCGAUUGGUCAGCAGGCUGAAUCGCAAGCCAAGGCUUUCAAGGAGGCUGCGGACUUUGGUGCCAUUAUCAUUACCAAGACCGACGGCCACGCCCACGGAGGUGGUGCCAUUUCUGCCGUCGCUGCCACGCACACACCCAUUGUUUUCAUUGGUACCGGUGAACACAUGCUCGAUCUCGAACGCUUUGCGCCACAACAAUUUGUUCAGAAACUUCUGGGCAUGGGUGACAUUGCCGGUUUGGUUGAGCACGUGCAGAGCUUGAACCUGAAUCAACAGGAUACCAUGAAAAACAUCCAGGAAGGUAUAUUCACAAUUCGCAACUUGCGCGACCAGCUUUCAAAUAUCAUGAAGAUGGGUCCCCUAUCCAAAAUGGCCGGCAUGAUCCCUGGCAUGAGCAAUAUGAUGCAAGGCAUGGAUGAUGAAGAAGGAGGUGCGAAGCUGAAACGCAUGAUCUACAUCUGCGACUCGAUGACAGAAAAGGAGCUGGACUCGGACGGCAAGAUUCUCAUGGAUGAGCCCACCCGCAUGACCAGAAUUGCUCGUGGAUCUGGCACGUCUGUGCGCGAGAUUGAGGAUCUCUUGACACAGCAGCGGAUGAUGGCCGGCAUGGUCAAGAAGAUGGGCGGUAACAUGAAGAAUAUGCAGCGCGCGCAACAGGCGAUGGGCGGUGGCAACAAGACCCAGCAGAUGGCGGCUAUGCAGAAGCGCCUGGCCAGCAUGGGAGGCGCCGGUGGUGCGGGAGGUAUGCCCGACAUGGGCUCGCUGAUGAAGAUGCUUGGUGGAGGUGGUGGCGGCGGCGGCGGCGGUAUGCCUGGUAUGCCUGGCGGCAUGGAUAUGCAGGCCAUGAUGCAACAGAUGGGCAUGGGCGGUGGCGGUGGUGGGAUGCCGGGCAUGCCAAGCAUGCCUGGCGGCCGCGGUCGUGGAAGACGAUAA